AGCUAAUAUAACUAACAGUAGAAACCUCGGCCACUUCCCUUUCCCCUUUCCCUCUUUGUUUCACAGAUCUUAGUAUCAACAAAAAUGGCGACAACAGGGAAGAAAACGAAGAAGACCCAUGAGAGUAUCAAUAAUAGGUUAGCUCUGGUAAUGAAGAGUGGCAAGUACUCUCUUGGUUACAAGACUGUUCUCAAGACUCUCAGGAGCUCCAAAGGGAAGUUGAUAUUGAUAUCUAACAACUGCCCACCAUUGAGAAAGUCAGAGAUUGAGUACUAUGCUAUGCUUGCUAAAGUUGGUGUUCACCAUUUCAAUGGAAACAAUGUUGAUCUUGGAACAGCAUGUGGGAAGUAUUUCCGUGUGUCAUGCCUCAGCAUCAUUGACCCAGGUGAUUCGGACAUCAUCAAGUCUCUUCCUGGUGAUCACUAAGAGAUAUUCACCCGGUUUUUUUAAACCAUUUUACUGAGUUGAGAAAAUCUGUACUAUCUUUUUAUUCUUGUAUUUCGGGGUUAUACCAAAGAUUAUAGAGGAUCUUGGUAUUAUCUAGUUAUGUUGGUUUUAUCAUUUCUCCAGAAGUUAUGAGGCCAGGUACAUUAUGGUUUAUUCACAGAUCAAUUUUCCUUAUACUACCAUUUUGCAUUUCUGAA